CGAUUUCCAAAACAAUAAUGGCUUCCCGAAUACAGAUUAACAGGUCAAAUUUUGUUACUUCAAAUCGAACUCAACCCGCAUAAACAACGCUAGUGUGUAAUAUAAUGAUUCCUCUAGACAGUGCUACAGCUAUAUUUCCCAGAAUGCCUACUGGAAGGACCAUACCUGGUGAAUUUCCUCUGACAAUUAUCAAGCCUCCAGUGGCAGAUGUCAAAUGUAGGGCGAGUCCAUCAGCAAUUUCUAGCCCUAUUUAUCGCCUGUUACGGAGUAGAAAUCAACGUAGAAAUAGCUCAGCUUCAUCUGCGCGUAGCUGUUGUAGCGUUAAGACUGAAUACAAGCAGUUUUUGCCAGAGAGAGUUGAUGUUUUUGAACUGAAAGAUGCAACACGUCAAACUAUGCAAGUUGAGUCUGUUUUGCAUGGUCAUGGCCGAAGCACUUGUACAUUGCCUGACAACAUCGAUAAGUGCCAACAGAAAUCAGCACCCUCAAGGCGGAGUAGUCUUGUUUCAUCUGCCAAGGAACGUCUAGUUAGCCUACGCGACGAAACAUUAGAUGAAGAUGCUUCUGAAACAUAUGACAAUGCAAAGCAGCUACAGGCACAAAGAAUAUUUUUCAUGGAAAUCAAACAAAAUGAAAGCCUUACUGAGGUGGAAUCUAAACAAAAUGACAACUGCCCUGCAACGGAAGGCAAAGAAAAUGAUAAAGUUUCACUGGUGCAAACCCAAGAAGAUGAUGACUAUAUUACGACAGAAACCAAACUAAAUGAGGAUUGUCCUACACUCAAAACCAAACUGGAUGAGAGCUUUUCUAGGAUCAAACAAAAUGAGAACUCUCCUAAAGACCAGGCUAAUAAAAGGAAUACAAAGAAAUUACCUAAAGCCAAGAAAACUACUAAGAAAAGGAGAAACUUAGUGAAAAAAUCUCCAGGAAUGACUGGUAUAUUUUCAAGACUUGUUGGGACGCAAGGAUGUAAGAAACACCAAGGUCAGCUACCAAAUUCAAAACAGGCCGAGCCUAAGAACAGUUCACAACAGUCAAAAGACAAUUCAAGCAAGUACCUCAGCAUACAGAAACUACAUGCAACUUAUGCUCCAAAGAAAACUGACAACAAGAGUAAUGCAGCUAUUCUUUUACCUCAGGUGUCUAACAACAGUUUAACAACAGACAAUAACUCUAGUCGUGUACAUAGUACACCUUCUUCUCCAAGAAAACAUCAGCAAGAACUGGAAUUAAAUGUUUCUGUAAUUUCUCCACGGUCGUCACUGUCACAGAAAUUAUUGAACUCUGGAGAUGAAAACGUGAAGAAAAUUUAUCUCUCUGAUGCUCAUUCUGGAAUGAUGACAGGAGUACCAUGUGCUCCUCCAUGCACACCUACAGUUGAUGAACUGAAGAAAGUUGAAUACAUCCCUUCAUUAACAGAUGUCAAGAGCCAAAGAGCUGUUAAAGCAAGGCUUGUUACAUUGGGAAAUAAAAUUAGAGCUGACGAACAGAAAAAGAAGGAAAAAGCUGCAAAAGAGGAACAGAAAAGAGCUUAUGGUGCUAUUUUACAGCUUAAACAAAGACAGCGAGCUGAGAUUUAUGCUCUGAACAAGGUGAUGACAGAUCUGGAGAAUGAGAACUUUAGAAAAUUCAUGGAAGAACAUUCAGCUGAAACACUUCCUGUGUAGUGAUCAGUAACUUUCAGUUCUCUGUUUGUCCAGCAUGCUAACUGCUCUUCUGUCUCAUCCACUAAUUCUUCAUCAUAAAAAAACAAUUUUAAAUUUAACAGGUAGAAUGACAGAGUUAAAACAAACUAUUAUAACAAAAUAUAAUUGUUGAACAUUACCUUUUCUUAAUAAUAUUAAUCCUGUUACAUCUUCCUGAAGGACUUUGUUUUAGAUUUGCUUGCCUACUAGAUGUUCUGACUUAUAAACAAGUCUCUCUCAAGGUUUACCUCACAGUACCUUUUGUUGACGAUGUUUUCUUUUUUUCUACUUCACCCACAUAUUAGUUACUGACAUUUUGUUGCAUAUGUAAUGUCCACUGUCUGACCAAAAUGAGACAUGAAGAUCAAACACCUAACCUCACUACUGCAUAAACCUCCAUCAAAAAAAAAAAAAAAAAAGAAAAAACUUUAAUUAGUAAGUUUUAAAAUUAUGGUACAAAACCAUAAAUUUGUCACAACUGGAAGAUCUUUAUAUAGCAAGGGAGAUAAUGUUAGUGUGAUGACUGAAACAGAUAUUUUCAAGAACAAGUAGGUAGUUAUAUACUCUUGGGAAGUGCUUUCUAAUGAAAAAAAAAUCAAGAAACUAAUUUUUGUUUUCAGGUACAUGACUAUAAAAUUUUGGGUACUUAAAUGCAAGGUAGCUAGGAUUUGGUUAUCAAAUGAGUAAUAUUUUGGAUGUUGACUGCUCUACAUGUAACCUGGUCAUCUUGAUUGAUAUUUAAUAGCAAUUAUUUCUAGAAUUUUACAACAUUGUUGCACAGAUCUCUGAAAAUAUGGCAACUGAAACAAAGUACAGAGUGUCGUGCUUAAUUAAACUCUGAAAUAUUUAGUAAAGAGAUCUAUUUUUUAUAUUUAUAAUAGAUAUUUAUAUGGUAUGAAAUACAAACAUAGUAGACGCUUUCUUGAGAAUGAAAGUUAGGUAUUUACAGUGUUAUUUAGCAUAUGUUUUACUGAAGAGGUCAAGAAAGCACAUCAUCAUGCAUGUACUGUACAUGUAAUGUUUAUAUAUAUAUGCAUUUUUCAAACAUUCUAAGGUCAUUAUAUCAAAAUAAAACACACAAAUGUAUCAGAUAAUUUUUUUUUUAUCACAGUCCUUUGUGUUGGUCUAGAAAAUACCCAUUUCCCUCACACAGAAGGGUUUUUAGCGUGAACCCAACUCCCACCUCACUGGAAAUUUCAGUAUACUCUGCUUCAUAGUUUCCAUUCGGUCAGUAUAAAACACAGACUGUGGACUGCAGACUGCAGACCGGGACGAAAUGCAGACUGAGGGUAAAUUGCAGACUGCAGACUACAGACAUUUUAAGUACCAGGUAUAUAUAUGUCGUGCUACUUCCAUUAUCGAGUCUGUGCUGACCGUAAACAGGGUUAUUCAGGCUAAUGGCAGUGAAAGUCUGCACUCUGGUUAGCCUAAAUAAUGCGCCGGUUGGUCUGUUACGUAAGCUCUCAGUGAUGGAAAAGGUAAUGUGAUUUAGUUCAAAAGUUUACAGUCUGCAGUCUGCAUUUUACCCCUGGUCCACAGUCUGCAUAAUUUUUCCCCUGGUCUGAUGUCUGCAAUAUGCAUUUUACACUGACCGGUUGCCAUUGCAGUCUGCAGUCUGCAUUUUACACUGACCGGUUGCCACUGCAGUCCACAGUCUGCAUUUUACACUGACUGGUUGCCAUUAAAUAGGUUGAAAGUCAGUCAGGAUUCCAAACAUUUACUGUUUGUGUUUGUUUGUCCCAGUCAAGAUGGCGUCAAUAUUCAAUGGUAAUUUAGCUAUUAUCAUUAAUUUCUCUGCUGUCAGAAUAUAAUUUGUCUGCUUGCUAAUUAAAUAAUAAAGUUCAUUUAUAGCGCUCAGCAAAUCACUUUGUGGAGCCUGGAUACUUUGACAAUUAUGGGAAAAAAUUCCUUAUCGACAAUUAAUAUAAACACCAAACGAAAAAAAGAAUACACAAUUGGCAAAAUAAAAAGAUGUUACACAACUGUUCAAAUAGAUUAUGUACCUACAUAGAAACACAACACCAUUAAUUUUAUCAACUCAAGCAAUAUUUAAGUGCAAAU